GUUCAACCACCACAACACAAAUAUCUGGGUUCACCGCUCCUAAAUUAACGCUAUACAUUUCCCCACUGCGUCAAAUUAACACGAGUCCAUCUGCUUUAUCAGAACUCUUUAUUUCAUACAAGCAUCCUCAAUAAAAACCAGAACACAGCAAGCAGAAAAGCGAGGGGGUUUAAACUGCUCAUUGAGAGAUUAUGGAGAGCUCAUUAGUAUUUUUACUGGCAGUUGCUUUCUUCUGUCAUGUUCAAACAGAUGUUUUAACUUGUGGACCACGGCAGUAUCAGUGUGGCAAUGGAAAGUGUAUCACAUCGAGAUGGGUAUGUGAUGAAACUGAUGACUGUGGUGACGGCACUGAUGAACUUCCUGCUGCCUGCUUGGCCAAAACCUGCAGACCGAGUGAAUUCAGCUGUGGUGGGCGACUAAACCAGUGUGUGCCAAAGAGCUGGAAGUGUGAUGGCAAAGCGGACUGUGAGAAUGGUGCGGAUGAGGAAGGCUGUGCUCCUCGGCAGUGUCUGAAUGGCGAAUUUCGCUGUGGCAGCGGCCAGUGUGUGACUGCCGCAUUUGUGUGCGAUGAUGAGAGAGACUGUGAUGACGGCAGUGAUGAAGUCUCCUGUCCGCCCACCACGUGUAGCGCUGGCUCCUUCAGGUGCAACAACGCACAGUGUGUGCCUCGACUGUGGGUCUGUGAUGGAGAUGCCGACUGUGCCGACGGCUCAGACGAAUUACCUCAGAAAUGCAGUGCAGGAACUCCUAAACCCACCAAAAACCCUUGCACCUCUAUGGAAUUCCAUUGCGGCAGUGGGGAAUGCAUACACAGUAGCUGGAAAUGCGAUGGGGGAGAAGAUUGCUUGGAUCGCUCUGAUGAGAAAAACUGCUCCUUGCCCACAUGCCGACCGGAUGAGUUCCAAUGUGGUGACAGAUCUUGCAUUCAUGGCAGCCGGCAGUGCAACCACGUAUAUGACUGCAAAGAUAUGAGUGAUGAGCUGGGCUGUGUUAAUGCAACCCAUUGUGAGCCGCCACACAGGUUUAAGUGCCGCAGUGGUGAAUGCAUCAGCAUGGAAAAAGUUUGCAACAAACAACGGGACUGCAGGGAUUGGUCCGACGAGCCAUUACGGGAAUGUGAUUCUAACGAAUGUCUUUACAACAACGGGGGUUGCUCUCAUAUCUGUAAUGACCUGAAGAUUGGUUACGAGUGCCUGUGUCCCACUGGCUUUCAAUUGGCGGACAAGAGACGCUGUGAAGACAUUGAUGAGUGUGCCAACCCAGACACCUGCAGCCAAAUCUGCGUCAACCAGAUAGGUAGUUACAAGUGUGAGUGCGAGGAUGGCUACCAGAUGGACCCAGCCAGCAAGGCUUGCAAAGCUAUUGGAACCAUUGCCUACCUGUUUUUCACCAAUCGCCACGAGGUAAGGAAGAUGACUCUGGAUCGUAGCGAGUAUACACGUGUCAUUCCCCGCCUGAAGAACGUUGUGGCACUGGAUAUGAAUGUUGCUUCCAGGGAGAUCUACUGGUCGGAUUUAUCCCUCAAAAAGAUCUACAGAGCACCAAUGGAUACAGCAGACAACUCCUCCCAACACAGUGUUGUGAUUGGCAGUGACUUAGAUGCACCGGAAGGCAUCGCCUUCGACUGGAUCCACGGAAACAUCUACUGGACUGACAGUAUCAAAGGCGCCAUCUCUGUAGCAACAGCGGAUGGGAGCAGACGCAAGACUCUCUUCAAAGAAAACCUGGCCAAGCCACGUGCAAUUGUGGUCGAUCCUAUUAAGAACUUCAUGUUCUGGACUGACUGGGGCACACCAGCUAAGAUCGAGAGAGGUGGACUUAAUGGAGGGGACCGCUAUGCCCUGGUUACAGAUAACAUUGUCUGGCCCAACGGAAUAACCCUUGACCUUUUGAACCAGCGUCUGUACUGGGUCGACUCCAAACUGCACACCCUCUCCAGCAUCAGCGUGCAGGGAGAUGGUCGGCGUACUCUGAUCAUUGACCAGGGCAAACUUGCCCACCCUCUGGGUCUCACUGUUUUUGAGGAGAAAGUGUUUUGGACAGAUGUGAGCAAUAACGCAAUUCUAAGUGCGAAUCGUGUGACUGGAAGCGACAUCACAAAAGUGGCCGAACACCUUUCGUCCCCAGAGGACAUCGUCUUGUACCACAACCUCAAGCAACCGAGUGGAACCAACUGGUGCAGGGUCAACAAUGGUGGAUGUGAAUUUCUGUGCCUGGCUGCCCCUCAAAUCAACAGAUUCUCACCCAAGUACACUUGUGCUUGCCCAGACAACAUGAUGUUGGCCAGUGACAUGCGAAAAUGUGUUCAAGCUGUAGUGACUACAAAACCUCCUGUCAAGCCUGAAAUUGUUACAACUAGUCGUCCUCAAGUGCCUUUAAAGACAACACCCAAACCUGCUGGCCCUUCCACUACCAAUGUGCAACCUUCAUCUACUCCUGCUCCUGUGAUCCCUAAUCGACCCACUCAAGCUGCCCCAAUCAAGCCUUCCCAAACCACAACUACACUUCCUUUAUCCACCCAGACAGAUGACCACAACAGUAAUGUUAAUGCUCUGUCGAAAGCAUCAUCUUCCACACCCUUGGCUUUGUACAUUUUGCUUCCUCUAGCAAUCCUGUGUUUGGUUGUGGGUGGCGCUGUGCUGUUAUGGAAAAAGUGGCGUCAGAAAAAUACCAACAGCAUCCAUUUUGACAACCCGGUUUAUCAAAAGACCACAGAGGACCAGGUGCAUCUAUGCAGAAACGGUAGUUCUGAAGGCUAUUUUUACCCACAGAGACAGAUUGUGAGUAUUGAUGAUGAAAUAUGAUAACAACAUUGAGGUCCAUGCCAAAACUGACAACGUUUCAACACAAUAGCCAUAUUUGAUGUCUUCCCUACUUGGAGGUCAGUUCUUCAGUAAAGAAAUCUGGAGAACAGAUACAAACAGCCUUUUCACACAAGGCAUUUGAUGCAAAAAACAAACAAAAAAAAAAACAA